UGUUCUGAGUGGCGUUGCUGAAAAGUAGCUUCCUGCCCCUAAAAGUCAAGGUAUAGACGCCUUGCUGUGACGUCACUGUAAUUUGCUCAACUUGAAACCUAGAGGCGAGGUUUAGGGUUUGGGGAACAAGUCCAGGAAGCUGUCGCGAGCGAUAAGAAAACAUAUGUAGCUUCAAAUAAGACAGCACUUUGGGUUAUUGCACUGGCAGCAUUCGGUAAAAAGUAGAAAUAGAUCUUUGUCUUUUGGAGUGUUGAUAUCUGUCCGUCCUAAACGGACGUACAGUGUGUGUGUUUGUGUGUGUGUGUGAGUGCAUACACCCUGACUGCUGGAGAUGGAAGGUCUUAAGGUGCUGCUGCUCUGGGCUGGAAUCAUCACUUUGGUGAAAUCAAAGCCCCACACCUCCACCCUCCUCCACACAUUCUACCAUAGCUGCCACUUCCUCAGCUACCCGUCCACUCACCACCAACACCCUGCCCACAAUCCUCCACGCACCUCUUCAAAAUCUCACUCAGACUUUCCAGCUCAGGAGUCCAAAUAGCCAAUACCACGUCUGCCAUUACUGCUGCUACAGAUACCUCAGUCACUACUCCAACCACAAUCUCCCGAGCCCAUAACUGCUCAGACCACCAUGACCUCGAUUAGCCACACCACCAAAGCCUCAGGUCUUCCGACAUGUGAUUACAAUAUUAAAGCGGUCAAUAUGGCUUCAAGGUCGAUUCAUAAAUGCAAGCCCUGGCACCUACAGCAUCACCUUGUUUGACACCUCACUGAAGAAAAAAUGACAAUUCAUCUCAUCCCUGGAGAGGAAUCCCAUGUGAUGUAAAAAUAUGAAACCUUGCACCGAGUACAAACAUGAAAUGACCAUUGAUCAAUGGUGGAAUGAUAACCCACUGUAACGGAAACAAAUACUAUGAAGACAACUAAAAUGGAUAAAGAUGACAUUAAAUAUGUCAGCUGUGCCGACAUGGUUAAACAUAUUUGUUACUCGAGUGAGUGGAACAUCAUGUCUGCAGUAUCCACAGCUAAAUCAUGCCAAACUAAUAAAAACGUAAUCUGUGUCAGUCCUAAGAAGGAUCAAAUUUGCUCAGUAUUACCUGUAAGAUUCACUCCAGGACCCGGUGCAAACUGUUCUUUUGAAAUCACUGAAAACAUCACGAUCGAUUUCUUGGAUGUGACUGCAUUAACUCCGACUGUCAACGAAACAAUUCCUGCAACCAUAUCAACAGAUUUACCUAACUGUGCAAAUCUCACUGUAGAUUACACCUGUCAGGGACCGAAGAUUUCUCACAAAAAUGUGUCUGAACUGGAGCCAUUUACAAAUUACUCUUGCAAGGGUCAGCUCAAGAAAGACAAUGCUGUAAUAGGAAAUGUAGCAGAAAUCCCUGUCUACAUUAAAUGUGAUCUAAACAUAAACGUAAUUGCUACUCCUUCCAAUACCUCCAUUGCACUGGACUGGACCACGGACAGCAAGAAUUGUCAACUUUCUGGUCUGCAGGGGCUUUCAUAUAAAUGUUUUUGUGAUCGCAAAACAAGUCAUUCAGUUCAUGGAAAUUCAAUGACAGAUGCAGAGAGCAAAGAUCCAAACUCUAUGACAGAUGCAGAGAGCAAAAAUCCAAACGAAGGAACAUGUAAGGUCCCUGGACUGACACCAUUCAUCGAUUAUAAGUGUUUUGUUCAACCGUUCUACAAUGAUGAAAAAGUUGCCGAACGUAAAGAAUUGGACACCAAAACUGAUAUUGGAGUGCCAGACCCUGUUGAAAAUCUGUCAGCGAAACUGUCAGACAACAAUGCGGCAUCAGUAUCCUGUUUGCAUUCCGGAACCUUUUAUGCAUCUGAUGGGAAAUUAAUGGCAAAAAUUUAUGAUGAUAACACAUUUUUAAAAACAAAUAACCAAACAGAAUGCCAAUUUGAAUUCCGGGAUCUAAGCUACCACACCACCUACACAGUGGAGGUGUUUGCCUUCAAUGGGCGCUUUAUGAGCCACUCCAAGAGAACUACUGUUUCAACUACCUACAAUAACAAAGCUGUCAUUGGUUUUCUGAUCUUCCUCAUCAUCCUCACAUCUGUGGCUCUUCUUCUGGUCAUCUACAAGAUCUUCAUUCUGAAGCACAGAAAGUCCCAUGACAUGACUGAAAGCAUGAUGCUCAUUCAGACAGCAAAUGACGAGGAGAACUUGAUGAAUGUGCAGCCAAUACCUGCAGAGUUAUUGCUGGAAACCUACAAGAGGAAGCUUGCUGAUGAUGGGCGUCUUUUUCUGGCAGAGUUUCAGAGCAUCCCCAGAAUUUUCUCCAGGUUCCCAAUGAAAGAUGCUAAAAAGCCCUGCAACACUUCCAAGAACCGCUAUGUGGAUAUUCUGCCAUAUGAUGAGAACCGAGUCCACCUGACCACAGGAAAUGGUGAACCAGGAUGUGACUACAUCAACGCCAGCUUCAUUGAUGGGUUCAAGGAAUGUAAAAAGUAUAUCGCAGCUCAAGGACCAAAGGAUGAGACUGUUAGUGCAUUCUGGAGGAUGGUUUGGGAGCAGCAGUCUUCAAUAAUUGUCAUGGUAACACGCUGCGAAGAGGGAAACAAGGUGAAGUGUGCACAGUACUGGCCAGCCAUGCUAGGAGAGGCUGAGAUUUUUGAAGAGUUCAUUGUGAAGCUGAAUGCAGAGAGCUGCUGUCCUGAUUACACCAUCCGCCACCUCAACCUGAUUAAUAAGAGAGAGAAGAACUCUGAGCGAGAGGUGACCCACAUCCAGUUCAUGAGUUGGCCAGAUCACGGCGUUCCAGAUGAGCCCCAUCUGCUGCUGAAACUGAGGCGGCGUGUCAAUACCUUCAAGAACGUGUUCAGUGGCCCCAUCAUCAUCCACUGCAGUGCUGGAGUGGGCAGGACGGGCACCUACAUUGGAAUCGACGCCAUGAUGGAGGGUCUGGAGGCUGAGGGCAGAGUGGACAUCUACGGUUAUGUGGUCAGACUGCGCAAACAGAGAUGCCUCAUGGUUCAAGUGGAGGCCCAGUACAUCCUGAUCCACCAGGCAUUGCUGGAACACAACCAGUUUGGAGAGACUGAGAUCGCCCUCUGUGAUCUGCACAGUACACUGAGCACACUCAAACAGGAGAACUCAGACAGCGAACCUAUGUUACUGCAGGACGAGUUUGAGAGACUCCCCACCUAUAAAAACUGGAGGACAUUUAACACAGGAGUGACAGAAGAAAACAAAAAGAAAAAUCGUUCACCAUCUGUAAUUCCAUAUGAUUACAACAGAGUGUUGGUGAAGCUCAGCGAGGAGCAGAGUGAGGAGAGUUACCAUGACGAAGACGGCGAGGAAUACUCUUCUGAUGAAGAUGACGAGGAGUCCACUAAAUAUAUCAAUGCCUCCCACAUCAGUGGAUACUGGGGCCCACGCAGCUUCAUCACAGCACAAACUCCGCUGCUAGAAACCACUGCUGACUUCUUGAUGAUGAUUUACCAGAAAAAAACCUUGAUAGUUGUCAUGUUUUCUGAUGGCAGUGAAGACAACAAGGAGUCUGACAGCGUCUACUGGGGAACAGAGAAGAAAACAUUUGGUGAAAUUGAGGUGGAGGUGACAAGUACAGACACCUCCCCGACCUACAUCACCCGCAACCUGCUGAUCAGUCACAUCAAGAGGAAAGAGAGUCGGCAGGUCAAACAGUUCCACUUUGUUCCGUGGGGGAAGACGGCGCUGCCAGAGAAGCCCGACGGUCUGAUCAACAUGAUCAAAGACAUGAAGAAGGUCAGCGGCUUUGACAGCAGCAGAUCACAGAGGAGCUCGCCCAUCGUGGUGCACUGCAGCGAUGGCUCGAGCCAGUCUGGAGUUUUCUGUGCUCUGUGGAACCUGCUGGACAGUGCCAAGAUGGAGAAAAUGCUGGAUGUUUUCCAGGUGGCCAAAGCUCUGCGUAAGGAGAGACAAGGCAUGAUCAGCUCACUGGAUCAGUACCAGUUCUUGUAUGACACGCUGCAGGCGGCCUUCCCAGUCCAGAAUGGGGACCUGAAAGCAGUGUCUGCCUCUCAACCUGACUCCAUCCAGAUUGUCAGUGAAACCAAAACACCAGAGCAAGCUGAGCAGCCAGCUGGUAAUACGAGCAACAAACAGCAGGGGGCAGCAGACACAGGAAAUGAAGACAGUGAAGAUGAGCCUGAGGCGACCAGCAGCUCCAAAACGACACCACUGGAGGACACCAGUAAUGGUUCCAGUGUUCCUCUGGAGGUCUGAGAGGGGCGGGGCUACAGGGGGCGGGGAUACUGGGGCGUUUUGCCUUUUCUUUGAGGGAGCAUGCAGGGAUAGGUUGAAGAUGUGUGUGUGUGUGUGUGUGUGUGUGUGUGUGUGUGUGUGUGUGUGUGUGUGUGUGUGUGUGUGUGUGUGUGUGUGUGUGUGUGUGUGUGUGUGUGUGUGUGUGUGUGUGUGUGUAUGUGUGCGCGUGUGUAUAUGUUUCAUUUGAGUUCUUGCUUUAAAUUACUUCAUGAAUGUAUGCACAAUGUAAAGCUAUAAUGCAGAGUGGGUUUGGCAGAUUUAUUACAGAAUUUGAGGACACCUUUUCUAAUCGGGAACAUCAAUAUGGCAUAAAUUACAGAGUAAUUUAUAAAUAGUUUUACGUUAAAUGGAUGCAAAUAAUGUUUUCUGUUGAUGAAGUUUACCUUGUAUGAGAAAUGCUGUUGUCAAACUACUUGGAGUUACUGUAAGAAAUAUCUCAAAGCUAAAUUUAAGGUACAGAUGAUUAUUAUUGCCGCAUGUUGAAGUGGAUUAUGUAUCAAAUUUGUUAAAUAAAUAGAUAAUAAAGUC